UUAUUAUUUUUUUUUUAUUGUUAUAAACAAAUAACACUCACCGUAGUGCACGAAGCCCAGCAUAACAAUAUAAAUAUAACUAAAUAAACUUAGUGAAACGCUGCUAUAAUGCUGAAAAUAACUGCACAGGGGAUUGCUCUACGACUGGCAGCCAUCCAGACCAGCGCACAUAGUAACAGUCAACGCUUUACUUUUCCUCCGCAGGCGGCGGCUAAGUCCAACCAAAAGUGUUUGUCUCAAUCUCAAAUUUUUUGUAAGAAGCUGAUGAUCAAGGAUCACUAUGAGUUUGAUCAGAAGGUAAUCAACAGCGAUAAUCCGGUCAUUGUAAAUUUUCACGCAGAAUGGUGUGAUCCAUGUAAAAUUCUUACCCCAAAAAUGUUGGAGCUUCUGGAAAAUUCAAAUGAAAUUGAUUUGGCUGUUAUCGAUGUGGAAACAAAUUUGGAUCUGGUCGAAACAUUUGAAGUUAAGGCUGUACCCGCUGUGCUGGCCUUUCGCAAUGGCGUCGUAGUAGAUAAAUUCAUUGGGUUAGUAGAUGCUAAUUCCAUAGAAACGUUGAUUGAUAAACUAAAGCGAAAGCAACAGCAAAAGCAAUAAAAACAUGAUAGUCUUAGUACUAGUUUAGACACACGUAAACUGAAUUAUUUAUAUGCAAAGAUAAAAUAAAAAUAAGGUUGCGUUUGGGACCAGAA